CUCUCUCUCAACCCACUUCCGAUUCUAUUGUUCAAUAAUAAUGGCGGUGGCGACGGCGGCGCUGUGGCGGAUCCGGCUCGGCUCGGCUUUACGAGCGGCUUUGGCAUGCAGCAUAGUCGGCGCGGUCACGCUCUUCGGGCCGGCGCCGGUGCGUCACAUGCUCACGUUCUCGGCUUUCUCUUACGUCACCACCGUUUCGAUAGUACUUUCCGACGCCGUUUCCCUCGGCCACGCUGUCAGAGGUUGUUGCCACGUGGCUUGGGCUGUGACGUCGGUUUUAGUCACGUCCGUGCCGUGCUUGUGGCUGAUCGGAACGGCGCGGUUCAACAGUGUAGCGGCGGCGGCGGCGGUGGCCGUCAGCGCCUUUGUGGUGGCGCUGUCGGAGCGGGCCCAUUUGCUGACGAAGCGCAUCGCGUUUGGACAGCUGGUGAUUGUGUACGUGGGGACGGCGAUUCACGGCGGUGAGACGAGUUUUUUUAUGCACCCACUUCGCGUUGCGUCGAGUACGGCGGCCGGAGCUCUCGCCGCCGCCGUUGCCAUGAUGAUUCCGUACCCACGCCUUUCCUCCUGCCAGAUAAGGAAACUUUGUAGAGGCUAUUGUGAGAAUGGUUGCGAGAGGGUGGGGGCAAUGGUGGAAGGGUUCGGUGCGAAGAAUAAGGCAGGGGCAAUUCCGUCAAUUGCCGAAGCAAAGUCUCUAUCAGCGACUGCAACAAAGCUUCUUCGAAGCAUCAAGAUAAUUCUGGUGGGGAUGAAUUGGGAGAGGCCGCGGAUCAGCCUCGUGAAGCCCGAUCGCCGCAUGGACAUUGCAGGAAAGUUGGAAGAAUUUGAAGUGGCAAUGAGAGGGAUGGAAGCCGCCUUAACUUCCCCUUCAUUUGCCUUCGGAACAAUGGACGAACAGCUCUGCAAUUUGCCCAAAAAUCUCAAACCCAAAGCCAUCACAAAGCUACAGCAACUCAAAAUCUCCAUUCCUCCUAAUGCCACGACUGCGCCCGAGACGAAGGCCGUGUUUUCGACCCCCAUUUCUCCCAUUGCCCCUCACAAUCUGCCGCCUUCUUUCUUCUUGCGUUGUAUGGAAAUCAUUCUGUAUGACUCCACCGCCGCCGCCGCCGCCCGGAAUCUCGUCCCCAGCGUCGAAAACGGCCAGAGAGCCAACGGGGAGGAAGCAAUCGAUUUGGGGGGCCAUGGUACCAAAAGUACUCGUUGGGGCAUUUUGUCGAACAUGUUGCCGACGAAUCAGAGUUUGUAUUUUGCGCUGAAGUGCUCGGUUACUUUGGGCCUGGCUGUGUUUCUGGGUCUGACUUAUACAAAACCCAAUGGGUAUUGGUCUGGGUUGACGGUUGCCAUCAGCUUUGCAACUGAGAGGCAAGCAAUUUUUACUGUUGCAAACGCUCGAGCUCAGGGGACUGCAAUCGGGUCAAUCUAUGGUGUCAUAUGCUGUUUUAUUUUGCAGAAAUAUGAGUAUCUAUGGCUCUUACCUCUUCUCCCUUGGGUUGUUUUUACCAGCUUUCUAAUCCAUAGUAGAAUGUAUGGUCAAUCUGGUGGAAUAGCAUCAGCAUUAGGCGCGUUGCUGGUUCUUGGGAGGAAGAAUUAUGGGAUUCCAUCCGAGUUUGCAAAUGCUAGAAUCACAGAAGCUUGCAUUGGAUUGCUUUGUUUUGUGACAGUGGAGGUUGUCUUCAACCCAACUAGAGCAGCAACUCUGGCAAAAGCUGAGUUCUCAAAAAGUUUGCGCGCCCUUCAGGAUUGCAUCGAAAGGGUAAUCCUCAUUCCCCAAAAGAACUUGAAUAAUGAAUCUUCCAUUUUCAUCCAGUUGAUAGAAAAGCACAAAAUUCUGAAAUCUCAUGUUGGUCAAUUAGAGAAGUUCAUCAUAGAAGCUGGGUAUGAGCCCAAUUUCUGGUUCACCCCUUUUCAAGGUGGCUGCUAUGACAAGCUUCUGAAAUCUCUUCAGAAAACAGUGGAUAUCUUACAGUUUCUGGUUCAUGAAAUGAAGUUUCUAUCUCUAGAACUUAAUAGAUCAGGGCUUGUUGUGAAGGAGCUGCAUGAUAGUUUAAGUGAAGAUAUGGAGCUUUUCAACAAAAAAGUUGGAUGUUCUCUGAAAUUCAUGGAGAAGGUGAGUCUAGUAAAGUCCCUAAAGGAAUUGCAGAACAAAAACCAGAACCUGUGUGAUGAAAUGGAGAUGGGGAAGUCUCAAAAUGAUGGAUGCAGAGCUCUUGGUCUCAGUGAAGAAGAUGUUGAGAAAAUUGUGGGUUCCUUCUGUCAAAAUGCAAAUGAAAUAUUGAGCAAAGUUUACACAAAUGAUGAAGGCGAGGCAAAUCUGAAAGGCCAAAUGACACUGUGUUUGGGUUCAAUUGGGUUCUGUAUGGAGUGUCUGAUGAGAGAAACAAUGGUGAUGGAGAAAGAAGUGCUUCAACUGUUGAAACUGGAGAAUCCAUCCAUUCAUAUGAAUCUGCAAGAACUUUCAACAACAGUAAAUGCUCAGUGUAAAUAAUAAACUGAGCACACAUUAAACACUUUGUGAUAUUUUUAUAUAGAUAUACUUAGUUUGCUUUGCAGCAAUCAGGCCGAAAUUUCUGGCCUGAGUAGUGCAAAAGCAUGAGAUCUGUGCAAAUUCCAAUUAACAAAGAAUUGAAGGAUUUAAAUGCCUGAUUUGUUUUUUAAAUAAAAACAGGCAAGUGAC